GCAACCGGAGCACCGCCCCUCAGGCGCGCUACCUCUCCAGCUCAAGCCCGGGUGCCACUGUUCCCACAGCUGACUGACACUAUUUCCUCUACUUGACCCCGUGCACUAGGUGGCUGAGCCAGGCCCUUGGCUUCUCUAGUCCCUUGCUCUCCGGGUCCCGGGGAGCCCUCGAGGUGCUCCGCAGGUAAGCAGCGCUACAGCGCCGCGGUCCGGGGAGCUCACCUUGCACAGACAGACCAGUAGCGGCCAGCGCGAAACUCUGGUUUCUGUAGGAUGAAGAACCCAAUGCUGGAAGCUGCGUUCCUCCUCCUGGAGAAGCUGCUCCUUAUUUCCAACUUCAAGCUCUUUAGCCUGUGCGCUCCGGGAGGAGGCACAGGGAAGAAUCGUCCCUAUGAAAUCAGCUCUUUUCUCCGGGGUGACGUGUUGGAGGUGUCACGGACCCAUUUUACCCACUAUGGGAUCUACCUGGGGGACAACCGUGUCGCCCAUCUAAUGCCCGACAUCCUGUUGGCCCUGACCAAUGACAAGGAACGCACUCAGAAGGUGGUCUCCAACAAGCGUCUCGUCCCGGGAGUCAUUUGCAAGGUGGCCAGCAUCCGUGUGGACACUGUAGAGGACUUUGCCUACGGAGCAGACAUCCUAGUCAAUCACCUAGAUGAGACUCUUAAGAAGAAGUCCUUGCUCAAUGAGGAGGUGGCACGCAGAGCUGAGCAGCAGUUGGGACUGAGACCAUACAGCCUACUGUGGAACAACUGCGAACACUUUGUGACCUACUGCAGAUAUGGCUCUCCGAUCAGUCCGCAAGCUGAGAAGUUUUACGACAUCGUGAAGAUAAUCAUUCGUGAUCAGAGAAGUUGUCUUGCUUCAGCUGUCUUGGGAUUAGUGUCUAUUGUCUACACGGGCCUGGCAUCCUACAUGACCCUUCCUGCAAUCUGUAUCCCAUUUUGCUUGUGGAUGAUGUCUGGCUAGCUUCCAAUCCCCAUGUGAAUGUGUAUGUAUUUUGUGUGGAGAUAUGUUUAUAUUUAUAGAGCACAAAACAGUAUAAGUAUUGUUAUUAAAAUGUGGCCCACAACACUGUGUUCUAGAUAAAAAAGUGAUUAAGAAUCAUACAAUGUGCUUGCCAUGUAAGCCGAACAAAGUCUUUCCAAGUCCUCUCAGGUGAGCACCUGGAAGCAUGACAGCCUGUCAGAGGUCAGCAGCCCCAGAGAAGUGGUACCUGAGGUGGCAGCCACAGGAGAUUAUGUAGGUUGUUCUUUUCCUCCUGUAAUCAUUCUGCUGUUAGACUUAUCAGUUGAGAUCACUAACUUUAUUGUAACGCAUUUUUAUUUAAUGACUGUUAUUAAAGUUUUUCCUUAUUUAGAUGAAUAUGUUUGAAAAUUAGCUAAAAAGAAACCAAAGCUCACAUCCUCUUUUGCCUUUCUUAAUGUAAUAACAUAAUCUUAAGUAAGUCAAGAAUAUUAUUUUCAUGUUUUGAGACCAGUGUUGAAAGAGCUUACUGAGAGUAACUGGUCAGAAAGUAUAGAAAUGUAGAAACAGUGACAGUAGCUAUUUUAUAUUAUUUUCUUUUGAAUAGCCUGAUACUGUGUUUUUGCUUUUCAUAUGCCUAUAUGACCACUUUUAAAAAGGUAAACAGAUAUAGGAUUGAAAUAAUUCUGGUAUUGGAUGUACAUAUGUGCCAUAUAAAAACACCAAUAUCUGCACUCACAUAGAUUCAUAGGUAAACUGUAGUUCUGGUUUCUUCAUUAUACUAGUGUCAUUUAUUAAUGAGGAUCUACAAAAGUGAACAUAAAAUCAAAUCCAGUGUCUUUUCUUGUGCCCUUGAAUCUAUAUGUGUGUGUAUGUAUGUAUGUAUGUAUGUAUGUAUGUAUGUAUGUAUCUGUGUGUGUGUGGAUAAAUGUAGAAACAGUGACAGUAGCUAUUUAUAUUUUCGUUUGACUAGCCUGAUAUUGUGUGAUACACACACACACACACACACACACACACGAUUUGUCACUGGAUAGUUACUUUUAAAGCUAAAUUUACUAAUCUAUUUUUUAGAAAAAAAUCAGAUUUGUUUUACAGUCAGUUUUCUACUUUAAGUAUCACUUAUCAAUAUAAUAGAUGUAUGUCACAGCAGUAUAUAAAGCUUAAAUAAGUAGAGCCAAAAAAUUAUUCUGAAAAAAAUAGUCACGUCAAGCAUUGAAGGUAUGUUCACUCACUCCACUGGGUCAGAGUGGAGACUUAGCAAUUUUGAAAACAUGCCUUUAAGACUGUCACUAAAAAUGACACAGGUUGGAGUUACAUUUCAGGUACUGAACUGUUUUAUCAGAGCUGAUAAAUGCAAUACCUGUACUUAGAAGGUACUUUGCAUAGCAUACAUGGUAGACGAACAUACACACAGUAAAACACACACACACACACACACACACACACACACACACACACACACACAAAUAAAAAAUAAAACUUAAAAAAAAGAAUCACAGAAUAGCCAAGCGUGUAAUCCCAACCCUUGGGAUGUAGAGGCAGGAAGAUUGGGAGUUCAAGACUAGCCUGCUCACACAGGGGGUUUAAGACUUGUUUGCAUUGCCCAGAGGGGUCCAAGGCCUGCUUGUACUACAUAGGUAGUUCAAGACCAGUCUGGGCUACAGGAAGCUCAAAACAACAACAAAAGAAUCACAGAAUAGUGACUCAUGGCAGAAAGGAUGAUUUGUUUUAGUCAGUGAUCCAACUGGAACAAACUGAAGAACAGAUUUUAGUUUAAUUGAGGUCUUAUUAUCCAGUGUUUUCCUACAACAACUUUAGCUGGAGUAUAAUGAUAAUUAAACUUUGUUUAAUAUUAAUAUUAAAAUUAAAAAUUUAAUUGCUUAAAUGUUUUAUAUCAGUAAAAACACUGAAUGGGAAAAAUCAAAGAAUAUAAGUGUUCUUUGGACCUGGUCCAACUUAAAUUAUCUGAAGCAUUUGUUCCUCUGACAGGCAUUGUGUUAGUGCCAUUUUCCUUUUCACCAUGGGAGUUGUUUACAUGAAUUCAUUAUAGCCCCCCUUCCCCAGACAUCAGUAUUGUAUGUAGUAGAAAAUACUGUUUGAAAUGAAAUACGUGUUCACAGAUAUUGUUCCUCCUUACAUACUAUGGUAAGUCUUGGGGUUAGGUAAUCUUGACUCUCUUCAUAUCACUGGACCAAGACUCAUUUGUCAGUCACUGGAUGCUCACUUAGUGCUAAGCAUUGACAUGCUGCAACUUCAUGUUCUGGUAUUACUUUACACUGUUUUUGAGGCAGGGUCUCAUUCAAUAGACUAUAUUUGUCUAGAAUGAAUUCACUCAUAGAAUAGUUGUGUGCCUCUGCUUCCCAAGUGCUGGGAUUAAAGCUGUGCUCACCACUCCUGGCCUAAUACUACUUUUAUCCAGCUACAACAGCAUGUAUGUAGUGUGGUGGGAAAUAAAGAAAAAAGAGCAAGCAAUUCUGCCUCAGGAGUCAGGCAUUUUACUUGAAGGAGGCAAUAACAACCAGGAAGCUGACAAACUGUGAGAUGAUUUUGUUACACUGACAUCAUUCUACUGUCCUUGAGAGGAAAAGAAGAAAGGUUGUCUUUGGUAAAUGUUACACAGCACCAGAAUCACUGGACUUGUAGAUAAGAGAAUCUUUUGGGUUUUUUCCAUUUAAUUAGUUGGUUAACAAGACAGAAAUAAAGAUAUUGGUUAAGGAAGAAACCA